UAUUAUGUGCCAAGAAUCUUGCAAAGAAAGAUUUCUUCAGACUUCCUGACCCAUUUGCAAAAAUAGUUGUUGAUGGGUCAGGUCAGUGCCAUUCAACUGACACUGUGAAGAACACACUGGACCCCAAAUGGAACCAGCACUAUGAUCUAUAUGUUGGGAAGACAGAUUCCAUAACCAUCAGCGUAUGGAACCAUAAAAAAAUCCACAAGAAACAGGGAGCUGGCUUCCUGGGGUGUGUCCGACUCCUCUCCAAUGCCAUCAGCAGGCUAAAGGAUACUGGAUACCAGCGUUUGGAUCUAUGCAAACUAAAUCCCACAGACACCGAUGCUGUACGAGGCCAAAUAGUGGUCAGUUUACAGACACGGGACAGGAUAGGUACAGGAGGCUCUGUCGUAGACUGUCGAGGGCUUUUGGAGAAUGAAGGAACGGUUUAUGAAGAUUCCGGACCUGGAAGGCCGCUGAGCUGUUUUAUGGAGGAACCAGCACCGUAUACAGACACUACGGGGGCUGCUGGGGGAGGCAACUGUCGCUUCGUAGAGUCCCCCAGUCAAGAUCAGAGGCUUCAGGCACAGCGGCUUCGGACUCCUGAAGUCAGAGGUCAUGUACAGACACCUCAGAACAGACCCCACGGACACCAGUCGCCUGACCUUCCGGAAGGCUACGAACAAAGAACAACGGUACAGGGACAGGUUUAUUUUUUGCACACGCAGACUGGAGUUAGCACGUGGCAUGACCCUAGGAUACCAAGAGACCUUAACAGCGUGAAUUGUGAUGAACUAGGACCUUUGCCUCCGGGUUGGGAGGUUAGAAGUACGGUUUCAGGAAGAAUAUAUUUUGUAGAUCAUAACAACAGAACCACACAGUUCACGGAUCCACGACUACAUCACAUCAUGAACCAUCAAUGCCAGCUGAAAGAGCCCAGCCAGCAGCCCCUGCCAGCUCCGAACGAGGGGUCACUUGAAGACGGCGAGGAGUUGCCCGCACAAAGAUACGAAAGAGACUUGGUACAAAAGUUGAAAGUUCUUAGACAUGAGCUCUCUCUUCAGCAACCACAGGCUGGUCACUGUCGCAUUGAAGUAUCCAGAGAGGAAAUAUUUGAGGAAUCCUACCGUCAGAUAAUGAAGAUGAGGCCAAAGGACUUGAAAAAGAGGCUGAUGGUGAAGUUUCGAGGGGAGGAAGGCCUGGAUUACGGAGGAGUAGCAAGAGAGUGGUUGUAUUUACUGUGCCAUGAAAUGCUGAAUCCCUAUUAUGGACUCUUCCAGUACUCCACGGAUAAUAUUUACAUGCUGCAAAUCAAUCCAGACUCUUCUAUCAACCCUGACCAUUUGUCUUAUUUCCAUUUUGUUGGUCGGAUAAUGGGUUUGGCUGUGUUCCAUGGACACUAUAUCAAUGGGGGUUUCACGGUUCCCUUUUACAAGCAGCUUCUGGGGAAGCCCAUUCAGCUAUCCGAUCUGGAAUCCGUUGAUCCAGAGCUACACAAAAGUUUAGUGUGGAUCCUAGAGAACGAUAUCACCCCCGUUCUGGACCAUACAUUUUGUGUGGAACACAAUGCUUUUGGGCGGAUUUUACAACAUGAACUCAAACCAAAUGGCAGGAAUAUUCCAGUGACAGAAGAGAACAAGAAAGAAUAUGUCAGGUUGUAUGUAAACUGGCGAUUUAUGAGAGGAAUAGAGGCACAGUUCCUGGCUCUGCAGAAGGGUUUUAAUGAACUUAUUCCUCAACAUCUCCUUAAGCCUUUCGACCAGAAGGAACUUGAGCUAAUCAUAGGAGGCCUGGAUAAGAUAGACCUGAACGACUGGAAGUCAAACACACGUCUGAAGCACUGCAUGGCAGACAGCAACAUUGUGAAGUGGUUCUGGCAGGCAGUGGAAACGUUUGACGAAGAAAGAAGGGCAAGGCUGCUGCAGUUUGUGACCGGGUCGACACGUGUCCCGCUCCAAGGUUUCAAGGCUUUACAAGGCGCUGCAGGACCCAGACUGUUUACCAUCCAUUUAAUAGAUGCAAACACAGACAACCUUCCAAAAGCCCAUACUUGCUUUAACCGGAUUGACAUCCCGCCUUACGAGUCCUACGAGAAGCUUUAUGAGAAGCUGUUGACAGCUGUGGAAGAGACGUGUGGCUUUGCCGUCGAGUGA